AAAAGUUAAUUUGCACGCGUGAGUGCACGUGCAAGCCGCAUCGCGAACCAGUGCGGUCUUUUGUUUGCCGAGCAAACUCCGUACCGCACUGGGCAGCGGGGCACCGGAAAACGCGUUGCGGCGGUGGCUGAAAAACGGCAAGACAGCGACGGAGGUGAGAGCAACGAGGUGCCGGAUGGCUUCAUAGCAGCCUUUUUGGUGCAGCCGUUUCUAGCUAGGUGCGACACCAGGGAUGUGCACGUUAAUGCUGAGUGAGGAAGUGGAGCACGUAGCUGAGCAUCCAGAGCCAGUGGAGGAGGAGGAAAUGGAUGACGAUCAGGAGGAUACCAGCUCCGCUAUUUUACCAGUCCUAGAUAGUGAAUUGGGUACCAGUAGCCCUUCUGUGCGUUUCAGCAAGACCUGCCUAAAGAAUGUCUUUUCAGUAAUUCUCCUCUUCAUUUAUCUGCUGCUCAUGGCUGUAGCUGUGUUCCUUGUCUACCAAACAAUCACUGACUUCAGGGAAAAGCUCAAACACCCGGUGAUGUCUGUCUCUUACAAAGAAGUGCCCUUGUACGAUGCACCUGGUAUUGCUCUUUACCCAGGCAAGGCUCAGCUGCUUAGCUGCAAGCAUCAUUACUAUGAUCACAUUCCGCCUCUGAUAAACCCAGGUCAGCCAGGAGAAAUUGAGUGCACCACUCAGAGAAUCAACUACACAGAUCCUUUUACUAAUCAAACCAUGAAACAUGCUUUGAUUGUCCAAGGACCUCGCGAUGUGAAGAAAAGGGAACUCGUGUUUCUGCAGUUCCAUUUAAAUGAAACAAACCAGGAUUUUAGUGCAAUAAACUAUCUUCUGUUCUCUUCUUUCCAGGAGUUCCUCAACAGUCCAGAUAAAACAGAAUUCAUGAAAGACUGCGAAAGCUCAUACUCCAGCUGGAAGUUCUCUGGUGGUUUUCGAACCUGGGUCAAAAUGUCCUUGGUGAAAACAAAAGAGGAAGAUGGGCGUGAGACUGUGGAGUUCAAACAAGAGACUAGUGUGGUUAACUACAUUGACCAGAGGCAUAAGCCGGCAAGUGACCAGUUGUUUUUUGUGGUAUUUGAAUGGAAAGAUCCCUUUAUACAAAAAGUUCAAGCGAUUGUCACUGCCAAUCCUUGGAACAUGAUUGCUCUACUAUGUGGUAUUUUCUUGGCUCUGUUUAAAGCAGCAGACUUUGCCAAACUAAGUGUUAAGUGGAUGAUCAAAAUCCGCAAGAGGCACCUGAAGAGGAGAAGUCAAGCAAUGAACCACAUAAGCUGAGGACUAAACCACCUUUAGAACAUUUUUAGUACACUGGAUAAAAUUUCAAACAACAAUGCAGCAGUUACAUAAACUAAAAAGAGUUGUGUGUUUAAGGAGAACUACUUACCUUUGCUGGAGUGACAACAUAAAAGAACUGACACGAACCUUAAGAGGCUAACUCUGAAGAAUAAGACUACUAAAACACGUCUUUUUAAAAAUGUAAGUUAUGAACAUCUUUACCAAGCUUGUGUCAAUUUAUUGGGGGUGGAAUGGAAUUCAUAAAGUAAUGUUCAAAAUGUCAGCUUAGAACAGAAUAGACAUGUUUGUAUUUAUUUGGCAUCUAGACAGUAGUUUAAGCUUUUCUCCAUGAGCUAAGUGGACUGCCCCUGUUACCAUAAAAGUGCCCCGAACCAGUAAAAUGACUUGUCAUCCUCUGUCUGAUCUUCCCAGGCAUAGUUAUUAUCUAUGAACAGUAAGGAGCAAAGCACUUUCAAGAUCAAUGUAAAAAUGGGUCAAAAGGUUUAAUCUCUUAAAUCUCCAACCUAUUACCUAGAACAUAGAAUACUUGGGAUUUUUAUCAAAUAUUUCACAUUUGGUUAAAAUGCACUGUGUAUUAAAGCUACUUUAAAAGCAAGUUAUGUAUUGUAAGUCAUAUGGAAUGUCAUGGAUCACUGCCAGUUACUACUACUUAAACAAAGCCUCUUGGAAUGAUUCUU